AUGUCUGCUGCUGCUACAAUUCAACCUGCUGCUGCCACUGGAAGCGCAUCCAACAAUUGGCGUGGUUUCUCUUUGGAUAGUGAUAACCACACUGUUCAUGCUGUAUACCCUGAUCGCAUUACUGGCCCCUCCGUAUGGGAUGGCAAGGAACUUGAAUCACAACCUGAAAAAUGGAUCUACUACUUUACACCUGAGGAUAUUGCUGAUAUAGACCAAGCCAUCAAGCAUUUCGUCUCUCUUGAUCUUCCUCUUGGUGAGAUCAAGCCAGAAACUUUUCCUCUCAAACACUUCCAUAAGGUCAUUCUCAAGGAGCGUGAAGAUCUCUUUCAUGGCUUAGGUUUUGGUUUGUUCCGUGGAUUCCCCAUCAAUAAUUAUGAACGUAAGGAGCAAGCCAUCUUUUUCAUGGGUAUUGGCUCGUACAUUGGUGCCCGUAAACCACAAAACGGCAAAGGUCAUGUAUUGGGACAUGUCAAAGAUUUAACGGAAGGCUCUACUACCAAGACUGUAUACAAGGAGGAUGAUCCCACCACUCGCAUCUACGCUACUCGUAAAGCCCAACCAUUUCAUGUUGACGGUACCGACAUUGUUGCUCUUUUAUGUUUGAACGAAGGUACUGAGGGAGGCUUGAGUUCAAUCAUUUCCUCACAUACCGUUUACAACCGUUUAAGAGAACUGCGUCCUGAUAUUGUUGAGCUCAUGAAGCAACCUUGGUUGUGGGACCGCAAGGGUGAACAUGGACCUAAUGAACCUGGCUAUCUGGCUGCAUCUCCAUUGACCUUCUUCCAAGAGCGUCUAUUCACAUUCUGGGGUCCUCACUUUUUCGAAACUGUCAACAGAUUCCCUGAGGUUACUGUGGAAGAAGAGAAGUUUGAAGCUAUGCGUUAUAUCCAAGAUUUAUGUGAGCGCGAGGCAUUAAACAUGAAACUUCAAGUUGGUGAUGUUCAAUUCGUUGCAAAUCACUCCAUAUUACACGCUCGUACUGCUUACACUGACCGACCUGGUAAAACUCGUCAUCUUUUGCGUCUCUGGUUCAUGGUAAACCCAAAGGAAGUGAACGUGGCUAUGCCUUUUGUCAAGGCUGAUUACAAUUAUGAAUACGCUGGCGAGCAAGUUGUUCCCCUGGAGGCUGAGUAA